UUUUCAGUCGUUAUCGGAACUUCGACGCGGUCGCUCACUCGUCCGCUGUCUCGAUUCCCUCGGUGGAAAUAGCUUUGUGUGCGACUUUAUCAAAUAUGCAAAAGACGUCGUAAUUAAAAUGCAAAAGAAAACGCGAGUGCAUAAAUAAUUGCCAUCUUUAUAAUUGUAUCUAUUAUAAUUGCAUUUAACUCAAAGCGGAAAUACUUACAGCCAUCAUAAAAAGAAAAAAUAACACAACUAAGAGAUUUUCACAUAACAAGGAGAAAACAUCAAGCUAUUAAAAAAGAAAAGUAAAACCAAACUACGCAAUUAUUGAAUUUACAUACAAUAUAAGGCCCGGAAAGCAAAUUCCCUCGAACUGGCAUUGAGUUAAGUUGAUGAAUGUGCAAGGAGUCCCACGGCGGAUUGCCAUUUGAGUUGGACACACACAGCCAUACACAAGCAGACCCACACUACUAUAUAGACUCAUCCAGCUUUUGAGAAAACCCGCCGUAAGGAAAAGCGAGGAAAAAUCGGCAGAGCAAACGCUGCUCGCACAUUCACUUGAUGACCCACUCGGCUGUAGGAGUGGGAAAAGUCUCCUAGUUGGCCUCCUCGAGUCCGCCUCAUUCAAUGUCACUUGCCUCGAGGACGAGUGUUAAGUCGGGCGGCAGCGAAGUGGAUUUAAGGCAGCGGAAUGCCAGCAUCCGGAAUCUAUUUUCGCCCAGCCCAGCUGAGUUGGCCAAAAAGAAGGAGGAAGCACGUCAAAGAAGAAGCCGCAGCCAAAGCAGCUUCUCGCUCCAGAGGAUUGGCAAUGGGUAUGAUGAGGGGAUUGGUAACAAGAUGGGCCUGCCCAGUUCCAAUAGCUUCGAUGAUUACGCUCUGGGCAUAAAUCAAUUGCCAAUGACUGCGAAUCAAUCGGCAGUGAGACAAUACAAUGGCCAUGGCCAUAACGAGCUGGGACCCAAUCCCUAUGCCCAGGCACCCGUUACCGUAAUUCCCAGGACAUCGGACAAUGGCUGGCAUCAGAGUGCAUUUGAAUUGGCAAUGAGCCGGACUCCGGCGGAGCACAAAAACUGGAAGUCGACGAGCCAGCUGGAAAAUUUUAUUAACAGCACGGAACAGCUGCAGCAGCAAUGGCAGCAGCAGCAGCAGCAGCAGGAACAGGACCAAGACCAGGACACUUGUGUUGACUUUGGUAAUGAAAUGACCUGGGGCAAAUCUGCUGAGAAAUCGCUGCCAUUGAAUCACCUGCUGCAAGGAGAUGGAGGAUUUUCCCGAGACGACCAAUGGGAUUUGGAAUUUCAGCAGCAGGAGCAGCGCGAAAGUUUGCACAGCCAAAGCUAUCGACCGGCGGUCGCAGCGGCAGCUCAGUCGACUCCGUUGGCAGAGCGUCUGCAGCGCUUUCGAUACCGCCAGCAAUUGCAAUUGCAACAGCAACAACCAUCAAGCACUGAUAUCGACGUUUAUGAUAGCCCCUUUGCCGGUCAUUUAUCAGCUGAACAAAUAUCCGUAGCCAAUUGGCAAGGGGGGAACCUCAAAGGGCCCGUUGGCGGGACCGCUCCAGUUGAAGCUGAUCGUUCAGCGGAGCAGGAGGAGCUGCCGCCGGAUCGAGUUCUAUAUCCAGACUCGGAACCGGAGGACGAAGAGGCAGCGCCACGACGUCGUGUGGUAAUCAGGCGGCGCAUAGUGCGCACCACUCGCACUUCCUCGCAAGGUCAGGAAGUUCCCAAGGAUACGGUAGACCCUAUUAACAUUACCACCGAUAGCUCAAAUUCUGGUGGGAUCAACGGACGCAAUCUUGGCUGGCUAACCAGAUUGCGCAGCUUUGGAUCGAGCAAUAGAAAGAACCAAGAGAUUGCCGCAACGGCAGCGAACGGCUGCAAUCAAAAAACUGUAACUGCUGCAAGCAACGAAAGUUGCAACACAAAUCGCAUCAUGGCCGUCCUGCGUACUAUGAAAUUGAAGGAGCGCCUGGUCAUCAGUCUGGGCGCCACCCUUGUCCUGCUCACCCUCCUGCUCAUUGUCGAUGUGCAAAUGGAUUUCGGGGUGGCCAAUCGCCACCUUCUCCAACAGCAACACCAUAAGAUCCGACUGGACGGCAGUGACUAUGAUGCCACGGGCGGUGGUGGCGGCGGUGGUGGUGGCGGAGGAAUGUUGCACGAGUUCAAGCGCAAAUUCCUGCAGAAGAGUAACUCCUCGGGCUCCAAGGAGGCCUCCACGCAGGCGGCUGCGAGUCAGAGUGGCGGGGCAACCAGUGGCCAGGAUGGGGCAGCAGGAGCUUCGGGCGGAGCAGCCGGUCCGGGGACAUCGGGCACAACGUCCACACGUAAGCCCAUACCGCAUGAUCGCUAUGCGGAUCUGCAGAAGCAUCUUCUGAGCGACGAGUACUCGCAUGUGAUUGUGGACAAUGCACCGGAUGUGGCCAGGGACAAUCCCACGCUGGCUGAGAUGCUGCAUCGCAAGGUCAGUGCAAAUGCCAGCAAUUUGGAGCGCUUCCAAUUGCGCAUCACGAAGAAGGAGCUGUACGGCGAGCAGGACACUCUGGUGGAUGCGGUGCUACGUGACAUGAUCAAGCUGCCAAUACAGCAUGUUGUGCAAAAGGAGGGCGGCACCCAGCUGAAAUUGAUCAUCGAGUACCCCAACGAUAUCAAGGCCUUAAUGAAGCCGAUGCGGUUUCCGCGGGAGCAGCAAACGCUGCCCAACCAUUUCUACUUCACGGACUAUGAGCGCCACAACGCCGAGAUUGCCGCCUUCCAUUUGGACAGGAUCCUGGGAUUCCGGCGUGCCAUGCCCGUGGCCGGUCGUACGCUGAACAUUACGACCGAAAUUUAUCAACUGGCCGAGGAGAAUUUAUUGAAGACGUUCUUUGUUUCGCCAUCGCUGAAUUUAUGCUUCCAUGGCAAGUGCUCGUACUAUUGUGACACCUCGCAUGCCAUUUGCGGGAAUCCUGACAUGCUGGAGGGCUCCUUUGCCGCCUUUCUACCCAACUUUGAGUCGGGCAAUCGUAAGGGACGGAAGCUGUGGCGGCAUCCCUGGCGACGGUCCUACCACAAAAGGAAGAAGGCCCAAUGGGAGACAGAUGCCAAUUAUUGCGCCCUGGUCCGGGAUAUUCCACCCUACGACGAUGGCAGGCGGCUGUACGACCUUAUGGACAUGGCCGUCUUUGAUUUUCUCACUGGCAACAUGGAUCGUCAUCAUUACGAGACAUUCAAGGUCUAUGGCAAUGAGACGUUCCCCCUGCAUUUGGACCACGGACGUGGCUUCGGGCGGCCCUUCCACGACGAGCUCUCCAUCCUGGCGCCCGUUCUGCAGUGCUGCCUGAUACGCAAGUCGACGCUCGUCAAGCUGCUAGAGUUCCACAAUGGCCCCAAGCCGCUGUCGCAGCUGAUGAGCGAGUCCCUUAGCCAGGACCCUGUCAGUCCGGUGCUUUGGCAGCCGCAUCUGGAGGCCCUGGACCGGCGGACCGGCAUCAUUCUCCAGAGCAUACGGGAUUGCAUAAAGCGAAAUCCGCCAGGCGAGGUGGAUGGUUCAGAGGCGGAUCUCUCCUCGUAGCGAUGAGGAGAGAUUACAGAAAACAACAACAAAUCAUCCUAGAGCAUUAGCUUAAAAAACCCCCCCUUUAGCUGUUAGUCGCGUGUCCUGUGUAUGUUGAAACUGAAAAACAAAACAAUUAGCGUUAAUAUUGGUGGCAAACGGUCUUUGAAAAAGAUCAGCGUCCUAAGUGAAGGAAUCAUCCCCGUCGCUCGUGUCUGCACAUACCAAAAAGAAAAAAAAGAGGAAAAACUGAGGAAGAAGGCCAAGAGCCGAGAGCCGAGAGCCAAGGGCGGAAAUGAAUGCACUCUAAUCUCUAUACUUUCACCUAGAUUGUUUGUCGGGCAGCUGGAGUUAAGCAUUGAUUGGCAAUGAAAAUUGAGUACCUCUCCCUUAAGAACCACCCACCCUUCUCCCAAUCGCACUCCCAAAUCAAAUCGAGCACUAUCUUACGCUUACAGUGGGUGCCAAAAGUAAACAAAGACACUGAGUGCAAACAACCUGAACGAGGGAAAGUCGAAAAAUAAAGAAAAACUAAAAUACAGGGCGAAUCUUAACAUUUUUGCCAGGAAGGAGGAAACUUGUUCAAAAAGACUAUAAAAAAGAAACAUAAACAACAUCAAGAACUAAAAACUAAAAACUAAAAACUAAACAAAAAUUGAAACUAUUUUCUAAAUAUUUAUUUAUAAUUUUUUCAUAAAUUUUACGACUUUUAUGUGCAUACACAAACACAUAUACCCCCUGACCCCCGCCCAUUCUCAAGAGAAAGUUGUUGCAAGUUUAGUUUGUAAGUUGACCUAACUUUAGGAUCGAUAUCAGGCGUAGCUUUAUCCGAUUCCAGGAUCGUCUCUUCUUAGUUAGUCCAAUCAGUUCCAGCGAGAAUCAUGUACUUCACCGUGUGCGAAAAGUGAAACCAACUACUGUUAAAGCAAACUAAUUAUUAUGAUUAUUGAGUAUGCAUAGCUAAGUUAAUCUUGUUUUUAUUAUUGUAACGUUUUUCAAUUGUACCUUGUGUGGUUGAGAUAUACGAGUAGAUAACAUAUUGAUUGGCCAAGAGACGGGUGUGUGAAAUGUAUAGUGUGAACACUAUAUAAAGUGACAGCAACAACAACAACAACAACAACAACAAAAUUGUGUUAGAAUUAGUAAAAUUUUAGUGAAAAUUUCAGAUGUAAUUAAUAAAAAAAAGUACCAAAGAAA